AAAAUGGCGUUUUUGUAGUUGUAAAGUGGUAGUGACUGAAACACUCGUACUAAAAAAAUAAGGAAAAUUCUUUACUAUUGGAUAAUUUUCAUUGAAAGAAUCUCAUUAAAUACUAAUUAAAAUUAAGUUAAGCAGAAUAAAGAUAAGAAAAAUAGUGCAGAAAAUCUUACAGAAUGUGAAAGAGAGAGAAUUAAAUUAUUGUUGAAGUAAAUCUAAUCCAAGAAAGACACACUCAGAAAUGAAAAAGUAAAAUAUACACAUCUUUAAAAAGAAACAAGAAAAAAGAGUUCUUAAAAGAAUAAUUAAUAAAAUUUUAAGCAGUAUAAUUAACUAAAAUUUGUUAAAGCAUAUAAAAAAGAAAAAAGUUAAUGGUUUCAAAUGGUAAAAAUGUGUUAAAAAUCAUUGUGGCCCCAAACCAACGACCUCAAUCAAUAAAUUUUGUGUGCUUAUUGUUUUUGUAUGUCAAACUCCAAUGGACAUAAAAAUGUUGUGUGUCACCAAUUAAGGUGCUGCCGUGUGAAGUGUUUGUUGUGUGCAUUGACUGCAAAAAAGAAGAAAAAUUAAAGAAAAUUUUUUUUAUUAAAGUGCAAGUGAGUUUUUUCUUUUUUUUUCCUACUGGAUUUUAUAAGUGCAACAAGAAAAACUACAGCAAUUACAACAACGAAGUGAAAACAAAGAAAAGGGAGAAUUAGUGAAAAACGAAGAAAAAGAAAAAGGCCAGAAGGAAAAUUUCUUUUGAAAAAAGAGAAAAUUUAUGAUAUUUUUGGGCAGUAAUUGCCAUUUAAUUGCUAAAUGAAAUUUGACUUACCGAUAGAUCUGCUAACGGAAAGAGUUGUAAAUACAGAGCGUGCUGGUUUAUUAUUUGAUGUCAUUACGCUACGUUGCACAUGUUAAGCUUCACUUGUUAACAUACAACACGAAACAUUUAAAUGUAUUUAAUUAGUAUUUAAACUAAAAAAAAAAAACAAAAUUCAAACAAAUCAAAUUGUAUAACAAAAAACUACAAAAAUAUAUCAAAGAACACUUUCCUUCAAUUUUAGCCGGCCAACACCUAAUUUAACAUUUAACGUUGUUAUGGCAAAUUAGUCUUCUGGUAUCAACUCUGCGAAAAGGGUGCUAGUUUUUUAAUAAAAAAAUAUUGAAAUUUUGUCUCAACAAAAUUGGAGUUUCAACAAUUGAUUUAGCAGAGAAAGUUUUAAAAAUAUCUAAAAAAAAACUUCAUCAUGGAACUAAAAGUAUGGGUUGAAGGUAUACAACGUAUUGUUUGUGGAGUUACGGUGAAUACAACAUGUCAAGAUGUCGUUUUUGCUUUGGCUCAUGCUACGGGCAAAGUGGGACGUUUUACUUUAAUAGAACGUUGGCGUAAUAAUGAAAGGCUGCUGGCACCAAAUGAAAAUCCUUUAAAAUUAUUAUUGAAAUGGGGUGAAUAUGCUAAUGAUGUACAAUUUAUAUUGCAACGUUCAGAAAGUAAACAACAACAGCAGCAACAGUUACAGCAACAUAUGAAACAAGAAACGCAACAACAACAACAACAGAAUACAACUAAUAAUAACAAUAAUAGUAAUAAUAUUAUUAAUAAUAAUAAUAACAACAACAACAAUAAUAAUAAUAACAAUGAAAGCACAACUGUGAUGUUAAAUAAAAAACCUUUGGGUUUAAGCAAUAUUAAUAACAACAACAACAAUAAUAACAAUAAUAAUAGUAAUUUAAAUAAACAAAACAAUAAUAGUUCUAGUAAUACAAUUGAUAAUGCAUUAAAUGCUAAUACAACAACAACUGCAGCAGCAGCUACACAGCAACAACAGCAUCAAAAACCUUUAACCAUGGAAUUGAGCUUAAAUGCUGCACAUGAACGAGCCAAAGAAUUGAAGAAAAGUUUUGGUGCCGUUCAUGAUGCAAAAUACUCUGAAAAUAUUGGAAUUGUUAAGGGCAUACCACAGCGUAAUAACAACAAUUUAACGGCGGCGGCAGCUGCUACAACAACAAAAACAACAACCACUACAUCAUCAACAUCUUUAAUACCACGUCAUGAAAAAUCUCAUUCAAAUCCCAUUGAAAUGCCAUCAAAUGCUAGCAGUGCUAACAAUAACCUUGGAAAUUUUGAUGCUGGCAAUAUUUCAUUUAAAGGAAAUGGUGCUUAUCAAGAACAAAACAAUAACAAUAACAACCACAAUAAUACAACAAAUAAUAUUUAUCAACAAUUGGGUGCUCAUAAUAGUAAAUCUAUAAAUGAAAUUAAUUUAGCUGAAGUACGUAAUGCUUUAGAUCGUCGUAAUAUGCUAACGACAGCAACAACAACAACGAAUAAUGCUGCUACUGCAAACACAACCCAAAAUUCAAGUAUGGGUGGUAGUGCUGAAAUAAUAUUUAGUAAUACAACACAACCAACUUUAAAUAUGAACAAUUCGAAUCAAAGCAACGAAAAUCUUUUAGAUAUAUUUAAUGGCAAUACACUAGCAACUGUAACAACAAAUGGCAAUAAUUCUAAUACAAAUAAUAAUGCAAAUAGUAAAUUUUCAUCUAAUUCACCUAAUGAUUUAUAUAAACAAGCUACAACUAUAUCGGCAAAUGGUGCUCUAGUACCACCACCCUAUAGAGAUCCACCACCGCCACGUAAUAGUCCUCUGCAGCAGCAGCUUAAUUCAAAUUUCUCUUCACAAUCGGUUUCACCACAACAUCCGGCCAAUGCUUUAUAUUCCAAUCAACCAUUGUCACCAACUACACAACAGCAACAAUCAGAUUAUGCCGACUAUGCGGAUUAUCAGCAAAUAAAUGAUUUAGUUUUGCCUACAAAUAUGGAUGAAAGUGAAAGUAUUUUCCAGGCCACACAAUACAAUGAUCUCUUGCAAUUGAUCAAGUUUCAGCGUGAGAAAAUCAAUCAACAACAAAUGGAGUUAAGUAAAUAUGAUGCUGAAAUUGUUUAUUUGGAGUCUAAGGAACGUGAUCAGGCUCAAGAAUUAGAAGCUAUAUCUAGAGAAAUCACCAAGGCUGAUCAAUUGUUUCGUCAAGGCAGUGAACAGCUACAAACUUUGCAAUAUGUUGAAGAGGAAAAUGAAUUGGUUAAACAACAAGAGAAAACUUUGAAAUCCGAAAUUGCUUUGCUGCGUUCAAAAUUGGCCAAUUGUGAAACGGAACUGUUGCAAUGUAAAAAUAAAAUUCGUCUUCUAAUGGAUGAUAUAGAAAUUGAACAGAGAGCUAUAACAAAUUCUAAACAGAAUAUAAGACAAAAUGUCGAACGUGACUUUCUUAUGGAAAUGGAACGCAUACAAACUGAUAUUGAUCAAGCCAUUCACAAUACGGAUUCGUCUAAUAAAACAGCCGAAAGCUUGAAAAAGGAAAUUUUGUUAAUAGAAACUGCUAUAGCAGAGAAAAAGCGACAGGUGGAGCAAUUGGUCAACGAAAUGAAGGAAGUAAAUCUACAAAGUUUAACCGUAACAACAUCAGAAGAAAUUAAACAUUUAUUGGAAGGUUCUAAUAAACCCGGCAGUAGUAGACGUAUUAUAGGUUCACCAAGACAAUUAGAAAAUGCUGUACCAACUAGUAAAAAUCCUCAUGGAGUUUGGGUUUAAAUAGAAAAAAGCCCUAGUUAACUCCAGUAACUAUUAUAAACACAUUUUUAUUAACAAUUUGUUAAACUACAUAUUUUUUCUCUCAGUUUUUGUUUAAUUAACAAAGAAACAACAGCAAACACACAAAAACAAAAUAACGAACUUAUAUAUAGAAAUAAUCACAAAAAGGGAACAAAAUAUAAUGGAAUAAACAACCCGUAUUAACCGAAACAUAUCGAUAUAUUAUAAAGGAAAAAAUGAAAUAGUAAUUUAACACAAACAAACUACAGCUUAUAAACAAUUUAAUAUAACAAAAACAAGAAAUUUAUAUUCAACAUUUUUAAAGAAUAAUUCAAAUAUUCAAAAGAAUUUUUUUGGGAAAUUGCUAAAACUAGUAAAGGAAUUAGUUGAUGUGUUAGUUUUUUUCAUCAUAUCUAUAAACAGAAAGACGAUCUCUUUACGUAUAUAUCUAAAAUAUAUUAUUAAUGAACAAAAAACUUUCAUCAUAUCAAAAACAAAUUUAACAAACAUUCCAUUUUAUUCUAACACAAAUUUUUGUUAUACUUAUUUAACAAAUGUAUUUUUUUAUUAUUCUAAUUUUACUGCCUUUUUUUGUAAAAAAUUUUUUGUUUAUCGUUAAUUUUUUAUCACACAAAAGUUCAAAUUUUUUUUGCGCGUUUUGCAAACAAAUUUACAGGAAAGAAUUAAAUCAAAUUUAUAUUUUUAUUUAGGGGUUUGGUGUCGAAAUUUUCCAGAAAAGUUUUUGUAUUUUAUUAAAAAUGUACUUUGAUAUUUACUGUGUUUUGUUGCUAUUAUUGAAUGUUAACGCUCAAAGUUAGCAACAAAAUGAACAUUAACUGACUUGGCAUUACUUCAAUGGAAAAAUCAGCUAAAUCUUGAAAAUAUUUGCAAUUUCUUGAAAAAAAGUCUCUAUUUGUUAAUUUUUUGUAAUAUAAAUUUUAUUUUAAAAUAUUUUUUUAUUAUUUGACAUUCACACAUUCAUAUUUGUAUUUUUAUUUUUGAAUU